CUCAUUGGCGAUAGCGGUGUGGGAAAGAGUUGUUUGCUUCUGAGGUUCUCAGAUGGUUCCUUCACAACAAGUUUCAUCACCACUAUUGGAAUUGACUUUAAGAUAAGAACAAUUGAACUUGAUGGAAAGCGGAUUAAGUUACAAAUUUGGGAUACAGCUGGUCAGGAGCGUUUCCGCACUAUCACGACAGCGUAUUAUCGAGGAGCCAUGGGUAUUCUGCUGGUGUACGAUGUCACGGACGAGUCAUCUUUCAAUAACAUCAGGAACUGGAUUCGCAACAUAGAGCAGCAUGCUUCUGACAAUGUCAAUAAGAUUUUGGUUGGGAACAAGGCUGAUAUGGACGAAAGCAAAAGGGCUGUUCCAACUUCCAAGGGUCAAGCUCUUGCUGAUGAAUAUGGCAUUAAGUUCUUUGAAACAAGUGCAAAGACAAACAUGAAUGUGGAAGAAGUUUUCUUUUCAAUUGCUAGGGAUAUCAAGCAAAGGCUUUCAGAAUCUGAUUCCAAGACUGAGCCUCAGGCAAUCAGGAUCAACCAAUCGGAUCAGGCAGGAACUUCUGGUCAAGCUGCCCAAAAGUCUUCUUGCUGUGGUUCGUGAAUGGAGCCAAUCGUGUGGGAAGAACAUUCGUUAGUUGCAUUUGGAUGUAAAAAUUGGAUGGGAUGAAAAACUGAUUCCUGUUAACUUCAUUACCAAAUAUUUAUUCGCCAUCUGAUGGCAAGCUUGAUGUGUCAAAGGUUUACUGCUUUCGUUUUGAAUCUAUUGUCAUACAGUUAACUACCCUGUGUUUGGAUAUCCUCCCAGAAUUUCAUUUA